UUAACCCGACCGAUAAGAAAGAAAGUGAAGGAUUGUCGGACGACCACAAUAAUUACGAUUUAUUACCCCUAUUUGCUCCUUUUAUUCAUUCGUAUCUAUUUAUAAAUAUUUGAUAAUAUUAUGUUCUAUUGUUUUGAUUCAUAGUGGUUUUGACUAUUGACGUGUUCGAACGGCGAAAUGCUGUCUAUGCCAGUGUUGUAGAUGUGUUCUUGUUGGCAUUAUUUUCGUGCUUCGCUGUUGGAUUUCUUUAGCUAUCUAAGGAGGCUCCGGGCUUCAGCAUUUCAUCGUUAUAUGAAGACGCAGAUGAACGGUGAUCGCGGUGGAUCGCAGUGCGGCCUCACCUCGCUCCUCCCCAUGUCCUGCCGAGGCCGCGCCGCAGCCUUCGCCAGGGACCUGCACUCCAGACUGCGCAACUUGGGCACCGCACACGACGGGGAGUGCGAGAGCACCUGGCUCACCAGAGAGAACAACCACCGACCCGCACCCUCGAACGUGAAAGAACACGAAACCUUCUACGACUUUGAAGUAGAAUGCGGCAGCCCGUCUAGUCCCGUCGAAGAAAUCGAAAUCACAUUUCCCGAAAAAUCCACGGAAGACACAGAUCUACCAUUCUAUGAUGUGGACUCUGAUUUAGAAGUAAAAGAAACGCCUAAGCUGCUCCUGAAGGAGCCGGACAGAGGAAAAAAUGGCUUCACUUUUUCUACGGCAUUUUACACACCAGAAUCUCCCGUCAAACAACAACCGACGAAAGAAAACGGCCUCUCAGAUAAACCCCUGUACGCGCCGAUAACGUUCGAAGGUUGUGCUAGACAAAGUAGUUGUGAUGAAGUUGAUUUUCCUCGCUCGCCUAUAUUAUUUAACCAGGACCGACUGAUUCUUCCGACUAAUUAUAGCAUCGUUUUAGAUAGCGACUCAGAAUUCGAUUCGGCUAAAAGUAAUCCGUCUGAGAGCAUAGAAGAUGUAUCUAUUUGCGAAAGUAAGGAGGAUAUCGAUUUGCCCGUAGCAGUUGAAAAUUUAACAGUGAACGGAUGCGAGAGCACAAACGGCGAAACAUACCCCACAGACUGUGUCAUCGAGAAUCGGGAAGAUAAAAAUAAGGUAGAAGAUAUUACACAAAACGAUACAAAAAUAGUAACCAGUGAUCUCUCAGAGAAAAAAGAACCAUCACCCGCCCCCGAAAUAGAUGCCACCCUUUUGAGCACAGAAACGAAUAAAGACGAUAAAGAGGAUGAAGCGGAGGGCGAGGACGACCGACCGCAGAGAGUACGGCGGUGCUCGUCACUCAAAACGGGCAAAACGCCCCCGGGUACUCCGGGCCGCAAAAAAAUUGUCCGAUUCGCUGACGUGCUCGGUCUCGAUUUAGCCGAUGUGAAAACGUUUAUGGACGAAAUACCCGUUAUUCCAAAAUCCGCCUACGACGAUCUCGCCGGCUGCGACGUGCAGAACUCGCCGCCGGCCCGACCGACCCCGCGAUACGGUGCUCUCACCCUCGUCCCCCUGUUCCAACUGCCCCGCGACGUCACCGAAAAGCUGGAGAGGUACAACGUCUGCCUGGAGAGCUCGCGAGUCUGCGACGGCGUGCACGUCACGAUCUGCGGGUCCGUCCGAGUGCGAAACUUGGACUUUCACAAGACGGUGCACGUUCGGUACACGAUGAACCGCUGGAGAACGUUCACGGACCUGCAGGCCACCUACGUCCAGGGCUCCUGCGACGGCUACUCGGACCGCUUCCAGUUCGUCCUGUACGCGCCCUGUAUAUCGUCGGGCCAGCGGCUGGAGAUCGCGGUCAGGUUCCAGUGCAAGGGCCAGCAGUUCUGGGACAACAACUGCGGCGCCAACUACUGCUUCGACUGCCUGGCGCUCGGUUCGGCGCCGACGACCGGCUCGCUGACGUCGGCGCCGGCCGCGCUGCAUCCCACGGUCGACUGGCACCCAUCUUUUUACUGAUACUCCGAUCAGAGAAGGAAGCGAGAGAUCGAGUGACAUAAGACUGCCGUCGGAAGCGAUGCGUGGGAGUAUCGGAGGAGGCUUCGCGGACGAGAAGAGUCUGCGCCGGCCGAGGAGGCGGCGACAUUCCUGCAGCUACGACCGCGUUCAGUUCCUAGGCGAUACGUCCAAAAGAUGAGGCUUGUAUUGUAAGCGUUUUUGUGAUAUAAUUUAGAGUAGAGAUAGAGUAAACGAAAAAAACGA